UUGCGACUCGCUUCUUACGACAUCAUCUGGCGACGUACAUUAGAUUUAGUAAACAAUUCAGAUCUAGUCAGAAAUUGUCGGCGAAUAAAUGGAUAAUCUUGUGAAGGUUCACGGAAGUGGUGGUUAUGACUCUGACUUCAGCGAUGAUGAUGGACAGGGUGAGCACUCUGAAUCAGCCCUUAAGAGGAAGCGAGAGGAGGAAAUCCUACAGAAGCCGUUCCACAAAGGUGGACAGUCUAAGCUGGCUCACCGCAGUUUGCAUUCUAAUGAAGUGGACAGAGAAGAAGCAAGGAACAGAAGAGCCCACCUGAUAUCAAUGAAUGCUUUUGAGCGGCAUAAGAAGUUUGUCGGCGAUUACAUUUUGUAUUAUGGAGGACAGAUGGCCGACUUCCGACGCUCCGCGUCUAAAGACAAAACGGAUUUGGAUGUGCUGCGUGAAAAUCAUCGUUUUCUCUGGAAGGACGAGGAUGAGGAAGACAUGACAUGGGAAAAAGAACUGGCAAAGAAGUAUUAUGACAAGCUCUUCAAGGAGUACUGCAUAGCUGACCUCAGCAGAUACAAGGAAAACAAGUUUGGAUUUCGUUGGCGGACUGAGAAUGAAGUUGUCUCUGGCAAAGGUCAGUUCCAGUGUGGAAACAAACGCUGUGAGAAGGAGGAUGGCCUCAAAAGCUGGGAGGUGAAUUUUGCCUAUGUCGAACACGGGGAGAAGAGGAAUGCUUUAGUCAAACUCCGUCUGUGCCCAGAAUGCUCUUUCAAACUCAACUACCAUCACAAGAGGAAGGAGGUGAAAGCAAAGACAAAGACAAAAGGAGGGGUAUCGGCAGAGAACAGGGAACCUCCGAAGAAGAAGACGAAGCGUUCAAAGAAACACAAAUACAAGAAGCACAAAGACCCUUCCACCACUUCCAGCACUUCUGAGUCAGAGUCACCAACCUCGGACAAAGACAGUGAAGGUGGGAAUGAACCGGAUGACCAAUCGGAGGCCGAGCAUUGGCGAGGACCUGCUCCCACUGUGGAGGAAAAAUCAAGGGAGGAAGAAUUUGAUGAGUACUUUGAAGACAUGUUCCUUUGAAUCUGCUGGUAUCAGCAGCAACCCUGCUGUGACUACACUUCUUUUGAAUCCUGUUGACAUUAAGUAUGUUCUUUUUGAGUUAUAUGUGUAUGAAAUAAACAUAAUGUUUACGCAG